GAAAGUCUUAUCUUAGCAAGCAAUGAAGGCAGCAAAACACAGUAUAGAUUUAAAGCUGCUUGCAUAUCAAGUUAAGCACCAUUACUAUUAUUUUUUCGUUUGAUGUCUCUUUGUGCUGUGCAUACCUUUUUCCUCUUUUUGAUCUUCCCAUGCCACAGUGAAUUCCACUACGAUUUGCUGUCAUCCUAUUAUAUAAAGGGCUCUCUGUAACCAUAAGAAACCCUCUGUUUUUUCUCUCCCUUCCAAGUGUCCAUCGGAUGCAAUCAAUUCUCAAACAAUUAUGUGAGUGAGAGUAUAGCCAAAAAUAAAACCACUUCCACUUAAUAUGGCCACGGUUCGCAAAUUGAUAGUUGAAGUUGUUGAGGCACGCAAUCUAUUGCCGAUAGACGGCAAUGGCACGUCCAGCCCGUACGUCCAGAUCGACUUCCACGGGCAGCGAAAGCGCACGCGAACUAAAAUUCGUGAUCUCAACCCGACAUGGAACGAGUUGCUCGAGUUCAACGUGGGUAAGCCAUCGGAAGUUUUCGGUGACAUGCUUGAGGUCGACAUUUACCACGACAGGAACCAUGGACAGACUAGGAAGAACAAUUUUCUGGGUCGGAAUAGGUUGAGCUCUACGCAGUUCGUUAGGAAAGGCGAGGAGGCGUUGAUGUAUUUCCCUUUGGAGAAGAAGAACAUCUUCUAUUGGGUUCGAGGUGAUAUUGGGCUGAAGAUAUACUUCGUCGAUGAGGUCGCCCCACCACCGACGCCGCCUCCUCAGCCUCCGGUGAAGGAAGUAAAGCCUGAGCAGCCUUCACCACCACCGGUUGAUUCGCCGGCUCCUCCGGAAAAUGAACCAAAGCCUCCGUCCGAAGCUAAUGGGAAUGAAGAAUCUGCUGCUCGUCCACCCGAGCCGACGGCUCCGGCUGAUGCUCAAAAGCCCAAUGAAGAGCCACCUGCUGACGCUAAAGGGGCAUCUAAUCUAGCCCCAGAAGCUGCGCCACCAACUGAAAAUGUCGCUCCUGAUCAAGUGGAGAAGCCGACAGAAGUGUCCGAGUCUGAGCCUCCACAGCCAUCAGAAAAGAAUGAAGAUCAAACGGACCAACCACCACUUAAAGAGUGCAAGCAACCCUAUCCUCAGAUCGGAAUGAUGGCAACAGCGGUACCGAUAUCGCCGGAUAGCGCUCCAGAAGCCAGUUUCUCUAAAAUCAGCUGUCCAAAACCUAUAAAAAUGACGAUGGGGCGGGAAAAAUUUACUGCUUUGGAUCCAACGGAAAGCAUGAAAAUCGAACCGCUGUCAUUCGAACUCGUAGAGAAGAUGCACUAUCUGUUCGUUCGAGUGGUGAAAGCGAGGUCGCUCCCCACCAAUGGCAAUCCGGUUGUGAAAAUUUUGGCUUCAAGCCACCAUGUCAGAUCCAAACCCGCCCGCAAAACUGAUCAUUUGUUCGUGUGGAACCAAACAUUUGCUUUCGGCCACGACGCUCCAGAUUCUUCGUCCCUCUUAGAAGUCAGUGUUUGGGACCCGCCUCCAAACUCCGAGAAGCACGGACACGGCACUUUUUUAGGUUGGGUUGGCUUCGAUGUGACAGAAAUCCCACUACGGGACCCACCAGAUAGCCCGCUGGCCACACAGUGGUACCGAUUGGAAGGAAAAGGGCCCCACAGUGGAGACCUCAUGCUUGCCACGUGGGUUGGCACACAAGCUGACGAGGCAUUCCCGGAUGCAUGUAAGACGGACAUGGCUUAUAAUGUUAACUCCCAAGCCAAAGUAUACCAAUCCCCAAAGCUGUGGUACCUUCGAGCUACCGUCCUCGAUGCCCAGGAUAUUCUCCCCCUAAUGGCGUCAAAAGAAUCCUCCUUCCAAGUCAGAGCCCAGCUGGGAUUCCAAGUUUCGAAAACCAAGCUCUCUGUUUCACGCAACGGCACCCUGUCCUGGAACGAAGACUUGAUGUUCGUCGCUGCAGAGCCAUCAAAUGACCACCUGGUUCUCACUCUGGAAAACCGACAACCCAAAGCAACGGUAAUAAUAGGUGUGGUUAGAAUACCACUCACUACCAUCGAAAGGCGGGUGGACGACCGACCAAUUUCCUCAACUUGGUUCAGUUUCGAGGACCCAGACAAGGAGAAGAGGAUGUACAAAGGCAGGGUCCAACUCCGCUUGUGCUUUGACGGUGGUUAUCAUGUGAUGGACGAGGCCACCCAUGUUUGCAGCGAUUAUCGUCCCACUGCUCGGCAACUAUGGAAACCACCAAUUGGUAAGGUCGAGCUCGGCAUAAUCAGUUGCAAGAACCUGACACCGAUGAAGACUGUAAGAGGUAAAGGCUCCACAGAUGCAUACUGCGUCGCCAAAUACGGUUCCAAGUGGGUACGUACUCGAACCGUUUUUGACAGCUUGGAUCCUAAAUGGAACGAGCAGUACACGUGGCAGGUGUAUGACCCAUGCACUGUGUUGACAAUUGGAGUUUUCGACAGUUGGGCAGUACAUGGAAUGGAGGAAGGCUCCAAGGAAAGCACGCGUCCCGAUUUCUGCAUUGGCAAGGUUCGAGUACGCCUCUCUACAUUGCAAAUUAGUAAAGUGUACAGAAGCAAGUACCCGUUGCUGGUUUUGUACAAUUCAGGGAUGAAGCAGAUGGGUGAGGUGGAGAUCGCCAUAAGAUUUGCACGUGCGGUUCCCACGAUGGACAUUGUCCAUGUCUACUCGCAGCCUUUGCUGCCAUUGAUGCACCAUAUCAAGCCGCUUGGCAUGGACCAGCAAGAUAUGUUGAGGAACACAACCGUGAAGAUCGUCGCAGCGCAUUUGUCCCGAUCCGAACCACCACUUAGGCGGGAGGUCGUGUUUUACAUGCUUGACGCGGACACACACGCCUUCAGCAUGCGAAAGCUACGUGUAAACUGGUUUAGGAUCGCCAACGUGAUUGCCGGUUUGAUCGACAUCGCGAGGUGGAUAAAUGACACGCGUUUGUGGAAGAAUCCGACUUCUACAAUACUCGUGCACGCCUUGUUUGUCAUGCUGGUUUGGUUCCCCGACCUAAUUGUCCCAACGUUGGCAUUCUACGUAUUCGUGAUUGGUGGUUGGAACUACAGGUUUCGUGCGCGAGAUUCACUCCCACAUUUUGACACGCAGAUCUCGCUGGUCGAUACCGUUGAUCGUGACGAGCUCGACGAGGAGUUCGACACUGUGCCGUGUAACAGGCCGAACGAGGUCGUGCGUGCUAGGUACGACAAGCUACGCAUAAUAGGGGCACGCGUGCAAAGGGCGCUGGGAGACAUUGCGACGCAAGGCGAACGGGCGCAAGCGUUGGUGACAUGGAGGGACCCGCGUGCGAGCGGAAUAUUUGUGGGGCUGUGUUUUGUGGUGGCGAUGAUACUGUAUAUGGUGCCGUCCAAGAUGGUGGCCAUGGCGUUUGGUUUCUAUUAUUUCCGCCAUCCUCUUUUCCGCAAUCGGAUGCCGUCACCGGCCUUGAAUUUCUUUAGGAGGCUUCCUUCCCUAGCCGACCGAAUCAUCUAGUCUUGUAAUAAUGACAAAGACCUAUUUGGCUAUGAGAAGUUAUAAAAAAUAAAUGCGACCUUUAAUUUU